GUCACGUGACACAUCUACUCUCGGUGACAGCGCCAGUCACGUGAUCAGGAGGCCUGGCCGGGGUCAGAGUCCAGCGCUCGGCGCUCCGCUCCGGCCUGGCUGAUGUUUGUGCGCUCGGCGGUGGAUUGGUGAGGUCUGGGAAGAUGGCUUCCUCCGAUCGGGCUGAGCCGCCUGUGCAGAGUGGUCCCUCCCUGAAUAACGAGACCCGGGUUCCCCGAGAGCAAUUGAUUGCGACUGCAGUGAAGUUUUUGCAGAACCCCCGCGUGCGCCAGAGCCCCGUUGCCACCCGGAAGGACUUUUUAAAGAGGAAAGGAUUAACUGACGAGGAGGUUGAGUUGGCACUACAGCAGUCGGGCACUGCUCAUGAUGACCCACCACCCUUGGGUGCCCCUAUCCUGCCCCACCCAGGACCAUCUCAUCAGCUGGCAGUUCAGCCAUACAGUCCGCCUGGCUCACGCUGGAGAGAAUAUGGAGCCCUGGCAGUUAUUUUAGCUGGGAUUGCAUUUGGCUUCCACCAACUGUACAAGAGAUACCUGCUUCCGCUAAUCAUCGGCAGCAAGGAGAGCCGCAAGCAGCUGCAGCGCAUCGAGUCCAGCGUCUUGGAGAUGAGUGGCAACGUCACGCAGACAGUAACUCAAAUCCAGGCCACACUGACCGCUACACAAGAGCUGCUUGUACAACAUCAACAGAAGAUCCAGGAACUAACCCAGGAGCUGGCGGCUUCCAAGGCCUUUAGUUCAUCUAACACUAUUCUGGAAUCUCAGAACAUCCAGGAAUUAAAGUCUGAAAUCUACUCUCUGAAAGGGCUGCUGCUGAACAGGAGGCAAUUCCCGCCAUCUCCAUCUACACCUAAGAUUCCGAAUUGGCAAAUGCCCAUGAAACCUCCCACUUUACCCAACCAGGCAACGCUUAACCACAACAGCAGCAGUGACAUUUCCCCUGUUAGCAAUGAGUCUGGCUCCUCUUCUCCCGUCAAGGAGAACCACAGCCCAGAGGGAGCAAAAGUCAACUCCCAUCACCUGUCCACCACUAGAGAGGGGGAUCCUGAAAUUGACGUGCAGAGCCAAGUGCGCAUGGAAGUCCAAGGAGAGGAGGAGGACGAAGAAGAUGAAGAGGACGUUGGACAAGCUGACGAAGAGGAUUGCAUGGGAGUCCAAACCGAAGACCGCCGGGGUGGGGAUGGACAGAUCAAUGAGCCAGUGGAUAAGUUGCGUAGGCCAGAAGGAGCCAGCAACGAGAUGGAAUGAUUGCAUCUCCGUCUGCUACCUCCAUCUCCAUGAUGUGUGUUCUGGGGUGCAUACCGCCAAGAAACUGCGUGAUCUAUUGUGGUACAACUCUAUAUGCAGUUAUACAAAAGCCGAUAUCUUAUCGCAGGCGAGAUUUUCUAGUGCUCCGCUGUGUCGCUGUCCAUUCAGCUAUCUUCUCAUUGUGUCUGCACAGUGAUCUCUCCAUCCAUGUAAAUGACCGAUCAAUUCACUUUCACCUUCCUCGAUAGAUCCCCGUAGUUCUUGUUUAGCGGUCUGCCCACAUGUAAGGAAAACAUGAUAAUGGGAGCCAGAAUGCACCCCUUUUUUUUUUUUUUACAAGAAUCGCAUCCUUCUUUUUUUUUUUUUUCAGAAGUAAAGAUGAAAUAAAGAGAAUGCUCACCGAUCAUCCAAUUUUAAAUCACCUUGUAGUGUGUUUGGCACACGACUUGUAAUCCCCGUUUGUCACACUGUGAGCAUUGUGCGCAUGACACCAACUUUUCUGAGUGUUGCACAUUACAAUCGAAUGAGCAAUUGCAGGCUUACAAACUAGCAUAGUUAUCUACAAUACAAUAUUUAAUUAAUAUUAUUUUUUUUCCAGGAUUUUGAUGGCAGUUAUUUUGUUUCUUAUUAAUUAAAAAUGAAGUUAAAUAAAAUUAAGCCAAUUAUAAAAAGAAAAAAAAUCCCUCACCUUCUGGUUUUGAGUCUUUCCAUGUAGACAUUUUAUAGUUCAAAAUAAAUUCUAAAUAAUUAAUUUUAAAGGGCUUACUCCUGACCUGCUUUAGCCAAUUCUGUGGAGGGUAAUUUAUGGGAAAAAAAGCUAUGACGCGUGUAAAAUGUGUCUGAUUUGUAUGCAGCAUUCAGGGUAGAUUAAGCACUUGCCCUGCUGGUGGUCUCAAUUUCUGCUUAUCUUGAUCACAAGAUUUUGUACGUUGGCCUUUAAAGUAGUUGUAAAGGCAGAGGUGUUUUUUUUUUUUUU